AUGGCUAAAGAGAAUUUUACAGCUGUGACUGAGUUUAUUCUUCUGGGAUUAACAGAUAAUGCUGACCUGAAAAUUAUGCUUUUUGUGUUAUUCUUAGUGAUUUAUACCAUUACCUUGGUGGGGAAUCUGGGCAUGAUCUUCUUAAUCCAAAUCACUCCCAAGCUCCACACACCCAUGUACUUCUUCCUCAGCUCCCUUUCAUUUGUAGAUGCCUGCUAUUCAUCCGCAAUUGCACCAAAAAUGUUAAUCAACCUUCUAGUUGUGAAGGGAAUCAUUUCUUUCCCUGCUUGUACGGUACAACAUUUGUGUUUUGGGGUCUUUGUUACCACAGAAGGCUUCUUGUUGUCAGUGAUGGCCUAUGACGGUUAUGUGGCCAUUGUCAACUCUUUGCUUUACAGUGUAGCCAUGUCUAAGAGGAGGCUGGUCACUGGGUCAUGGGUAUGUGGAAUAAUUAACUCAUUAAUACACACAAUAAGCUUAGGCAGGCUGUCCUUCUGUAGGCUGAAUGUUGUCAGCCAUUUCUUCUGUGACAUUCCCUCACUCCUCAAGUUGUCAUGUUCUGACACUUCCAUGAAUGAGUUGUUACUCGUAACUUUCUCUGGAGUCAUUGCCAUGGUCACCUUCUUGAUUGUGAUCAUUUCCUACAUGUUCAUUGUUCUUGCUAUCCUGAGGAUUCGUUCAGCAUCAGGCAGACAGAAAGCCUUCUCCACCUGUGCCUCUCACCUGACUGCUGUCACCAUAUUCUAUGGUACCUUAAGCUUUAGUUACAUUUAGCCCAGUUCCCAGUAUUCUGUGGAACAGGAGAAAGUGGUUUCUGUGUUCUAUACACUAGUGAUUCCCAUGUUAAACCCACUAAUUUACAGUCUGAGAAACAAAGAGGUGAAGGAUGCUGUGAAUAGGGCCAUAGAGAUGAAACAUCUGCCCUGUUAA